AAAAUCAGAGUGAUCUAAAGUUUAUGUACUAUUUUAUUGCACAUUCAUUUCCGGUAGAUGUUGUUAGGCACGCCGGGGAGUUUCUUAAAAUAUUUUACAUUUUUGCAAAUAUCUGCACCUAAAGGUAUCUCACUUUAUCACAAGAUGGCAGCUAUUACAGAAGUAUCGUGUAAUAAAAUGUUUGGUGGAUUCCAGAAAGUGUUUAGUCAUGAAAGCAAAGAAUGUAAGUGUACAAUGAAGUUUGGUGUGUAUGUGCCUGCUAAAGCCGAGAAGGAGAAAGUUCCUGUGAUAUACUGGCUUUCAGGACUAACAUGUACAGAACAGAACUUUGUAACGAAGGCAGGUGCUCAGAGGGUGGCUGCAGAGAAAGGUGUGAUCAUUGUUGCCCCGGAUACCAGCCCAAGAGGAGUUAACAUAGAGGGGGAAGAUGAGAGUUAUGAUUUUGGCUCUGGUGCAGGUUUCUAUGUAGACGCUACAGAAGAGAAAUGGAAAAAUAACUAUAGAAUGUAUUCUUACAUCACAUCGGAGUUACCACAAGUUAUUAAUAGCAACUUUAAUGCUGACCCUGAGAAAAUGUCCAUAUUUGGACACAGUAUGGGAGGGCAUGGAGCAUUAAUUUGUGCCUUAAAGAAUCCAGGAAAGUACAAGUCAGCAAGUGCAUUUGCUCCUAUCUCCAAUCCCAUAAAAGCACCAUGGGGUCAAAAGGCGUUUGCAGGGUACCUAGGAAAAGAUCAAUCAAAGUGGCAGGAAUAUGAUGCUACAGAACUUGCCAAGAAGUACAGUGGACCAGCGUUAAAUCUGUUGAUACACCAAGGAAAGUCAGAUGAAUUUUACAUCAAGGGACAACUUUUACCUGACAAUUUUGUUGCUGCUUGUGCUGCUAAUAAUAUACCUGUUGACCUGAAAGUUGAGGAGGGAUAUGACCAUAGUUAUUAUUUUAUAGCAACAUUUGUGGAAGAACAUGUUAGUCAUCAUGCCAAGUUUCUCUGCCAAUGACUAAAUCCUACUGGACAAAACAAACUGUGAAACAGUGAAUGUACAAAAGUCAUUUUAUCUACAGACAUAUACAUGUAUACAGUUACUAUCACAGUAAUGUCCCUUUAAUAAUUAUAAAUAAAUUGUAUUAUACCCUGGCCCUGAGUUCACAAAGAAUCAAGUAUUUGAAGAUCAAGAUCAGGAUCAAGAAUUAUAUUUAAAAAUUCAACCUUAGUUUAUGCUUAAAGGGACUCAACUGAUGUUUUUAAAAUGAGGAGUCUGAAAAUAAUUUUCCGAGAUAAAUGCACAACCAUAUAGUCUGACCUGACUAUACUGUUGCUGGCCCGGUUACAUGUAGUGCAUUAUGAUAUUGAAGUCCCUUAAACUUUGAAUUGACUAUCAGGGAAAAUCUGUUUAAUUAAUUCAGAAGGUUAAGGUUUAAAAAGCAUGUCUUUUAAGAGUUUAUCUAGAUAUUCAUUGAUCUUUUUUUUUUAUCCAAAUGUGUUUGAAGUUUAUACUGACUUGUUAUUAUUAUAACUCAUAAUGAGUUGCCCUUGUAGCAAUUUUUUUUCUUUAUCAUUUAUAAUUUAUAUACCAAAUGUUGUGUCUAGUAUUUUGUCAGUAUUAGCUGCAUGUAUACAUCUAUAGAACAGAUUCAGAUCAAAUAAAGCCUGAUCCUGGUUCAGAUGAUUUUAUGUUCUUUGUGAACUCCUCGACCUGGUGCUUUUGUUAUUUAAACAGUCAUUAGUCCUAUACAUGGCAGCAUUAUUCACAUACUUUACUUGAUUUUUGUAAUUAAAGAUAUACUAUGCUCAAAUUUAAUAUUAGAAAAUAUUGAUAAUUGUUACACAGUCUUUUUGUAAAUAUAAAAUGUUUUGAUAUAAAACAACACAGAUAAGUUAUGUGUAAAAUUCUGUACACAAUAGGUGAUCACAAUUUGAAUAUAUAGUGUCAUUAAAAAAAUGGUAGUUUUUUUAAAGAAAAAAGACUAUCUUUACUUGACCAGUAAUAAGGAAAACGGCUUCCCAUACCUAGUUUAUUCAUUCUUUUAUUCAAACUAGACAUAUUCAGUAAGAAUUUCAUAGAUUUCAAUAAAUUUCUGUGAUUAAAAUACUUUAGGUUACUCAAGGAUGAGCAUAGUAUAUCUUUAAUUAAUCAUUUUAUCCCAGUAAAUUAUGCUAUGUAAUUUUCAUAAUGCAAAAAGUUAAAAUCGAGUUUAUUAUAAAAUGUUUUAUUGUAAUCUGAAAUCACAGAUCUAUAUAUUUAAAAAUAUCUGUAUUUAUAAGUCUCUGCAAUAAUAAUAAAAAACCCUAACAAACCGGAUCUUCAUGUAAAAAGCAGACAACCCUCACGAAAAGCAGACGAUAAGAUGCACUACAAAUGUGGUAAACAACAA